AUGGCCUGGGACUACGAUCUCUGCCUCCGGGACGACGUCUGGCGCCUCGAGGUGCCAGUGACAGGCGAUGUCAGUGUGGACGUCUCCCCCACAGAGGUGUGCCUCUCAUUGCCCGGAAGCCAACGCCGCAUCACGCUGCCGGUGCACGCGGCGCUGUGUGUGGAGCAGUGCAGCGUGCGGCGCGACAGGCGCGGGCGGCUGCACCUGGCCUGGCCCGGAUCGAUCGGCGGUUCUUUUCCCGUCCUCAGGAGAGUUUGCGAGGCGCCCCUCAUCUUCGUGGCGCCUCAGUUCUUGGAGAGGGAUCUGUGCUCCGAGCUGAUCCGCGCAGCCCAGAAGCACGGAAAGGCGGUGCCCAUCUUCGGGGAAGACGUGAAGUACGACAUGCCAACCUGGCCGGAGCGCAGCGAUCUAAGCCCGGCCUUGAGCGAAGCGCUGGAAUCCAUUUAUAGGAGGCUCGACUUGCUGAUGGGCACUGUCCGCCGUGUUGACGAGCAUCCCGCGCGCGUCCACUUCGUGGCCCCAAGAGGCCGGUCUUCCCGGUUGCCCUCGGGUUUGCACCUGGACACCAACGGGGCGCCGUUCCGCUUCUGCACGGCGCUGAUCUAUUUGGACACUCUGCCGCAGCCCUCGGGGGAUGGAGCCACCGUCUUCCCCUGUGCCCAAAACGAGGUUUGGUCGCAGUCGGCGCAUGACGCCGCCAAGAAGCUUCUGGCGGAAGGCAAUCUGCACACCUCCAACUUGGCGGAUCCGGAUUUGGAGCCUUUGGCACAAGAGCUGGUAUUCGCAGGUGAGGAGAAGCAGGGCUUGUCGGUGUAUCCUGAAGCAGGUAAGCUCUUGCUCUUCUUCACCAUGGGCGACCACGGGGACGUGGACCCCAUGUCCUGGCACGGCGGGGCCCGAGUCGGCUCUGCGGGCGCCCAUGGGGGCAAGUGGAUGCUGCAAAUCUUCAAGACCAUUCCACCGGAGCUGCGGAACCACCCGGAUGAGGUCACGCGCUUUUUGACUCGCUGCCGCCAGCCUCCAUCAUUUGUUCAAGGGCUGAGUCACCACCCGCAGGAGAAAAUAGAGAAGCCGACUCCUUGA